UGAUUUAACCUCAAUGACAAUUAGUCUUUUGAAAUUCAAAAUUUGAUGAUUUCAGGUUUUAUAUGCUAAUAUGAAAUUGGCUAUAGUUGAAUUUUUCAAAUCGCCUUUUUUCAAAAAAGGCUUACCUUUCUUCAUUAUAUGUGUGGGAGGUUCCUUUGGACUGAAAGGUUUUACUUCUUUAAGAUAUGAAUACUCCAAUAAAAGUUCUAUUUCCCGAGAAGACUUUGAGAAAGAAGGUAUAAAAAUGAAACCCCCAAGUGAGGUUACAAUUGAAGCUGAAUAUGAAAAAUUACAAAAAUUAGACAUCGAUAAUUGGGAAAAUGUACGAGGUCCUAGACCAUGGGAAGAAGGAACUAUAGAGGCAAACAAAAAUAGACCGAAAUAGUACUAAAACUAAAUAUGUUUUAAAAAAUUAAGUUAUAGUCAAUGUAAUUAGUUAAGAUUACUGGAUAGUAUUAAACUAUUUACAUAUUC